CUCUUCUCCACGUGCACGUGUUAGUAAUAAAGAUACUCCUUCUCCAUCAUUGUUUCGUCGUUUCUGAGACUCUGUUGGGGAGGUUGGGGAAAAGAGCGCUCCAGGCUAUCUUCAGCCUGCCCAAGCCUGUGAGAGCGGAUCGGGGCGACAGGGCAUUGCCAUAAUGACUCCCUUUUAAAAUCGAAACAAGGUUGGAGUGGAGCGGGGGAUUGAACGUUCCAACGUCUCUGGUCGACAGUGGGUGUUUUGUCCUCUAUUCACAGGCACAAUCGUGAGUUUCAGAGGUUACCCCUGGAUGUGGCGAUCCAUCAAUACCAACCUGGUGAUUGGGUACGAGUUCGGAAGUGGAAGCAAGAGCCUUUGCAGCCCACGUGGGGACCAACGGAGCAGAUUAUUUUGAUCACCGAAUCAGCAGUGAAGCUCGUAGGCCAUAAGCGAUGGGUCCAUGCUAGCCAGAUAAAGAGGGCAGAGCCUGUAACUAUCCAGGAACCUGAGCAGGGAGUAGCCAAGGACUCCCGACCUGGAGAGGUGCAGGAUCAGACACCUGAAGCCAAGUGGCUGACGGGAACCGUAUCGGGUUUCAGCCUGAAGCUUAAGCUCAAGAAAGAAUAACUAGAUUUCAUGUCAAAAUGGGUCGAACCCACACAAGUACCAACUUCUUUGGCUUUAAGCCUAUGCUUGGUACUAUCUUGUGUUUUGCUUUUCUAUGUAUGGUAUAUGUCUACUUCUCAGCUUCUUUUCCCGCGCAAGAAACGAGAGUAUGCAGUCGUCAAAGGCGCGCACUCCAGGAGAAAAGGGAAAAUGUGUUUGUCAAACUUGCCCAGGAAGUAGCAGAAGGAUUUAACCUUAGCAAUUGUUGGGUCUGUGGCAAUCCAAGAGGGUUUCCACAGUGGCCAUGGAUGGCAAUACCUCUCAACCCCAAGUGGUUAUUAAGUAACCUUAGCAAGGUACAUAAUGGAACAGGAGUUUGGGGAACGAGUUACUGGUGGUAUUUAAAUUGGAUUUCUACCGGCCAGUAUUGUAUUUCACAGAACUCAACCAAGGCAAUGCAUUGGCUCGGAAAUAGUAAGUGUAAUUGGACUCUUCAAUAUGCUACUCGAUAUUAUCCAGGACCUGGAGAGACCAUUACUCCUUGUGCCCUGUGGAGUAAUGGAACACAUGUAGUAUUAAAGAAUGGUACUUGGGCACCAUGUAUUCGGAUGAAAAAGGAUGGGACAAACGAUUCAUAUUCAUGUCGUACCCACUGGAAUAAUUUAACUCAAGAGGGACAGUUAUGUGCCUGGUUCAAAAGUAGCAAGAAUCAGUCCCUCAAUAGAAAAGAAUGGGUUUGGCACCAUUUAAAUGGGACAGUAGUGAGUGGAUUCCAAAACUAUUGGGCAGUCAUUAACCAUACAAAACCAGGGUGUGUCUGCAAAUGGAAAAAUGAAACAGGGUUAUGGAGAUGUAUGGUAACCCAGGGAGGUGCUAGUUUAAGCCCUCUUGGAAAUGGAUCAUACUACAUCCCAUAUCAAAUUAAUAAAUCUAUGUUUAACAGAGAGGCACUUCCGGCAUUAAAAGGCCAUUAUUGGAUUUGUGGAUCUAUAGCCUACUCAAUUUUACCAAUUAAUUGGACAGGCACAUGUUAUAUUGGGAUUAUACAACCCCAAUAUGCAAUAAAAGGCGGAGGUUUAAAUCCCUUAAUCCCAGUGUUUUAUGAAGAACAGUCUGUGAAAAGGAAAUGGGCAAUUGACACCUCUUUGACUAAAGGUCAAGGGAAUGGUUGGGGAGAUACUUGGCCUCUAGAACGUAUCAUCGCAACUUAUGAUCCUGCUUCAUGGGCACAUGAUGGCUCAGCGGGAUACCGUGGCCCAAUAUAUAUUUUCAAUCGCCUCAUUAGACUUCAGGCGGUAUUAGAGAUAAUAACCAAUCAAACUGCUAAAGCUUUAACAUUGCUUGCUGAUCAAUCAACACAAAUGAGAGAAGCUAUACUCCAAAACAGACUGGCCUUGGAUUAUUUGUUAGCCAAAGAAGGAGGAGUCUGUGGACUCCUAAAUCUGACAGAGUGUUGUUUGAAAAUUGAUGACAAUGGUGAAGUAGUGAAAGAGAUUGCCACUAAAAUUAAGGUACUUACUCAUGCUCCAGUGCAAACCUGGAAAGGAAUAAAUCUGGGAAGCUGGGGAAGUUGGUUCAACUGGUUAGGAGGAAUGAAGACAAUGAUUGUAUUAGUUGUUUUGAUUUUAUUAGGAUGUAUGCUUUUGCCCUGCUUAUUACCUAUAAUCAUGAAUGGUAUUCGCAGCAUAAUAGAUAAUGCGGUAACUAAAAGUAGUAUGCAAAUGUAUGGUAAAAUUAUGUAUCAAAAAGUUAUUCAGAAUGAAGAAGCUAUAUGAUAUAAAUAUCAGAAAGCUUCUAAGGGGGGAAUUGUGACACUGAAGUCUACUUAAAUAUAGAUAUUGCUUGGUUUGGGAAUUGUAGCAUCCCUCUGACAGUUAAUUUUCUUGUGUGUUAAUCUGCUGACAAGUUAAUUUACUUGUGUGUGUGUAAAGAGAAAUGCUAAUUUGCUGACUGGUACUGUUUGUAUAAAGCUGCGUUUGCGAAUAGCUGGGAAAAUCAGGUUUUGUUGCAAUAUGCAGCUGUGUUUGUAGAAAAAGGUAUCAGAUAUGAGUGAAACAUCCAAGGUUGAAAUGAGCAAAACAAGUUGUGAAUAACAACUCCAAAUAUGGAACUAGGAAGAGAGGGGAAGGUACUAGUGGGCAUGGAUUACAGUGAUGUAUGGAAAAUGAAAGUGAUGUAGUUAUGAUGAUAAUGAUGCUAAUGUAAUUAACAUAACAAAGCUGAUAAAAAGGCCAGCAAUGCAUAGUUUUGCCAGAACUGGCCUGGCCUCUUCUC